UCACCUGACAUCCAUUGUUUACUCCACCAUGACACCUUCUGCCAAGCUCAUAGUGCCUCUGGUAGUACCGCUACUAGCCAAGCUUCCAAAGGGCUCGACCAGGACACUUCCGGUGCUCUGCCCCGAGAAUAAACUUCUCCACAAGUUCGAGUGUUUGACAGACCUCGAGGAGAACAUUCCAACCAUCUGCCACAGCGCUAAUGUCGGAUUUGUCGAAUGGUCGCAGACCCCUUACACCCACAAGAUCUCCGUGUUUAAGAGAGCGGCCGAGUUGCUUGCCCAGAGAAAGGAUGCGUUUGUAGACGGCCAUUUGGCCAUUGGAGGGCCCGGAUGGUUUGCCAAUUUCAACGUGGAUGGAGCCAUCAAACAGAUCGAACAGUACGUCGCAUGUAUGUCUGCUCCCGACGGAGUGAUCCCCAAGACGUCAGCUACCCGGCUAGCCCUUACUCGUAGAAGACCAUUGGGCCCGGUGCUCGCUAUCUCGCCAUGGAAUGCCCCGGUCAUUUUGGGUGCGAGGGCCAUUGCCGCCCCACUAGCGGCUGGAUGUUCAGUGGUAGCAAAGUCAUCGGAGAAGUCUCCCAUGUUGUCUUACUUGCUAGUGAAAUGCUUCCAUGACGCCGGGGUACCGAGCGAGGCCUUGCAAUUGGUACACGUGGCCCCAGAAGACACGGUAGAGGCCACCGAACGGUUCUUGGCAUCCCGGCACAUCCGUAAGGUCAACUUCACGGGGUCAACUGAAGUUGGUCGUCAGAUUGCCAUGGUUGCUGCCAAACAUUUGAAACCGUACCUCUUAGAGUUGGGGGGCAAAAAUUGUGCCAUUGUCGCCAAGGAUGCUGACUUGGACGUUGCAGUGCCCACCAUUGUAAAUAACUCGUGGCUCCACAAGGGCCAGAUCUGCAUGUCCACCGAUAAAGUGUACGUCCAUUCCGAUCGAUACGAUGACUUUAAAGCCAAGUGUCUUGACGUAGCUCGACAGGUGUGCGCCACCAAUCCAGACAUGAAGAUCAAAUCGAGAGACUCACUGGUGGAGGGCAAAGUUCAGCUUCAAUUGGAAGAUGCCAUUGAGAAGGGGGCCACUGUUCUAUUCCAAGACCCACACGGUCCAACCAUCUUGGAGCAGGUAACUCCAGAUAUGUUGAUCUACUCACACGAGACGUUUGGACCCGUGUUCAGCAUCUACCAAUACGAGGAUAUAGAUACGGUUGUUGACAUGGUCAAUUCUGACGGAUAUGGCUUAAAGGCGUCCAUCUGGUCUGCAGACAGAUUGACAGCAAUUGAAACCGCUUCCAAGAUUCAAUGUGGUGGGGUUCAUAUCAAUGGAUCUUGUAUCCAUGACGAGGCUACAAUCCCACAUGGUGGGGUGAAGGAGAGUGGGACUGGGAGAUUCAACUCUACCUGGGGGGUAGAGGAGUUCACUUAUAUCCAGACUACGACAGUCAACUAAGAAACCAGGGGGUGUAUAAAUUAUGUAAUACAAACUUUUCUUUCUAAAUAUCUAUAAUGCUGGACAGAGACGGGUAUUCAGACACUAAGUAGUGACCUGCUCUUCUCGUAGACCAAUUCCUCGCCAGAGGAACAAGGCCUCCACGGCUAGUGGCCGACGGAGUGCCAGCGGAGCGACUUACAGCCCCGCAGGGAAGAGAUUCAGACAGCCCUACGGGGUCUAUAAGCCGCUCCGCUGGCCCCUGCUCGGGGAGAGCCACUGCGUGGUGCCUAGCUCCUCUACGAGGAGACUGCUGGAGAGAGGUGGAAUUCCUCGGUAGAGGAACAAGGCCCCCACGGCUAGUGGCCCACGGAGUGCCAGCGGAGCGGCUCACAGACUCGAUAGGGGCCCGGCUCCU